AUGACGAGCUUUGAUUUUAAAACGUGGUGCAGCGACCAUGGACUGAAGCAGAAGACGAUUGACAAGCUAUGGAAAAGCGAUCUGGAUUCCCAAGAAACCUUGAAGUUAGUCCAUGCGGACGACAUUGCCACGUUGGACCUUACCCUUGGACAGAAGAAACUCCUGCUACAUGCUUUAGCAGAACUGAAUAGUGCGGAAAAAAUCCCUAAGGCUGGCGAGACGAAACCAAUCGAAACAACACCUGUCACGACCAAGAAAUUGGCGAGCGAUGGCGGUUUUGAAGAGCUACUGAAAAAGAACGGAAGAGUUUCAUUAAAUGACACGCUUGUCACGUUCGGAGCCACCAAACAGCCAUUGUCCGUGCCCCUCGAGAGGGUUGACAACGACCCGCAGGUGUUCCUUGGAGUACAGGACAAGAAGGCAGGUGAGACUUUGUUAGCAUUGCAGACUACAAUGGAUCCGUUGAGGACGAACAAGAAAUUGGUGGGUCUACAGAUGCACGCUUUAUUCUACCUCUCCCCAGAAGCAAGCCAAAAUUAG